AUGGAGUUUGAUAUUCCAUUACCAUUGAAUGAGAUACGACCAUCGGCAAAUCUCAUGAAACGACAUAAUAAAAUUGGUAUUCUACUCGGACUACCAGAGGAUGAUAUUCAAUUACAACAUCUUUUCAGCACGGUGGCAACGAUUUGUGAUCCAUUUACACAACCAGAAGAAAACGAAAACUCGAUCCUAAGCUUAGAUUGUUUAUCAGACGUUCUUAUUGCAUUAUCAUAUACAUAUUUCAAAAACCACGCAAUCGAUGAGGAAGAUGAAAGCUUGCGGAAUCCAGACAUACACUCCGUGAAAUUUGCCCUCUCAGCGCAGUUCUUUACGCUUUUAAGAUAUAUUCAGGCAUUAUUAAACGCUGACGAUGAAAUCAAACUAAGAUACGUUAAGAAUUCCGAAGACGUCUGGUUUAAAAAUUUGCCAAUAUGGACCCCGAAAGAAGACAUACUAUGCGAUGAGUUUGCUCUAAAGCUUUGUUAUUCCAUAUCUUGUGUCCUCUUGUUUGCUAUAUCUAAGUUGUUUAAGCCGGAAAAUGGUGAUCAAGAAUACAAUUUAGCAUUGAAUCCAUACUUGCAAUAUUUCAUUAAGCUCUGGAAGUGCCAUACGAAUAUCAUAUUAUUGGGUUUAGAAAUUGAUCGCCGAUUGGAACUCGAGCAGGCCCAAUGUCCGUAUAUGAUUACUCGGACAUUGAAAGGCUCCAGUUCUAUAAGAUAUGUGUUGGCAUGGACUUUAAACCAGAAUCCUUCACUGUUAGCAUUUUAUGGGUUUGAUGAUGCCAGUUCCGAUGCAAGUAAAGGUUAUUUCGGUGGCAUCUACGAUACAAAGUACCAAAGCUUGCUUAAUUUUACUCAACCAAUGUCUCGUAAGAAAAUAAAUGGGGGUGCGCUACUGAUAGACAUGAGAUUGGUUGUUAUUGCAUUAUUAAUCAUUAAUUCAGGUACUUCUUUCACCUCUAGUCAAGAAAAAACUAAUGAUCUUGCGAUCGUGGCGUCCGAAAGAAUUAAAAAUCAAGCGACUCCAAUUGCGGAAUUGGGCGAUUUGCUUAUUGAUUUAGAGUACGACGAUCAAUUCGACGAGGAUAUACGAUAUAUUUUCGACUGCGAAUAUGAUGAUUUAGAGGAGGAAUGGCUGGAUGUGGUCGAAGAAGAGGAAAUUGCAAAGCUUCGUAAUAAGGAAAAUGCCUCGAAGACGAAAGAACCAAACGGAAAGGAGAGAAAAAUGUCCAAUGCAGUUCGAACUAAAGAUGACAUAGAAUUCGAUGAAUAUGGGAAUGAUUGGCGUGAUUUACCUCGCGGAAAUAAUGCAUAUUUCCAAGACUGGUUCAUUGAUAUUGCCAAUACCUUUGACAACCUGUUAGAAGUGCAAAAAGGUAAUUCGGAUGAUAUUCUUUACUGUUGGAGUGAACUUAAAGAAAGUUUUGAUUUUCUUAUUACCACUAGCAUAGAAGGUGACAAUGAGGCUGAAGAAAAAUUCGGACAAGUUGUUAUCAACACUGUUUCUAAGGCCAUUAAAGAUGAAUCUGAGGAUAAGCCUAACGAUCAUGCCCAACCCAGCACUCCCGAUAUUAUCUAUCAGUAUUUCUGUGAGCUGGCAUCGGAAGAAGCUAUUCAAAAUACACAGAACAAUAAUAAACUAAUAGUUCCGAUUUUUAAUAUUACCAAAUUCGAAUUACUUUUGCAUAAUAAUAGUAAGUUAGCAAGAUGUCUUAUGGAUGAAAUGCUCAUGUGUAAAGGAUAUCGUCGAGUAUUGAUUUGGUUCAUUACACAUGAUAUCAAUUUAUCUACAUUAUUGAUCGAUUACAUUUUUGAAUUAUUAGCGGGUUUACGAGGAAACGAUGAGAAACAGAAACCUUAUAAGCAUACUAGAAAAGGAGAAAGGGUCGAAUUAAGUGUAGUUGAACAACUGAUGCUUCUCCAUGAGUUUUUAACCAACAGCGGAAUAUACUUAUCUGCCACAGACGGUAUUGAAAUUGAUAAUGGUUACAAGGUAGUGUUAUCCGAAUCUAUUGCAAAGAAAUAUAUGACUCUCAUUUGUCUUAUGAUAAAUCAAUUAAUCAAUAUUGGAAUAAUAAAUCUCGACAGAAAUUCGGCCAGUGACAAGUCAGAAGGCGAAGAAGAUAUCCAUGAUUAUUCAACUGAUCUUCAAGUCCUUUUAAUACAAUGGAUAGGUAAACUACCAGAAGCUCGUGAGCUUUUCUUUAAGAUCAAAAAGGCAAACUAUAAUGGCGAUGAGACUACUAUAGAAAAAUCGUUUGCCGAAGUUCCUACAGUAUCUACUAAUGAGACUGAUAACAAACAAGAUGUCACCGACCUAAUCACACGCUACUCGCAAAUGACCGGUGCGCAAAUUACUGAAGACUUGGAGAAGAACCUGUCGCGUAUAGCGAUUUUGGUUGUAUUAAUAGGCCGGUUAGAGAAGCAUGUCAAGACUAUCAUAGCCACUGAAUUGAAUGAAGUCAAUCUUAUAGGCGAAGACAUGAUUUCUACUGAUCUCAACCAAAUGUCUAGUGACUUCAACCUUUUCCUACAAAAUUUUAACACUUUCUGCAAAAUAGACUUUUUCGCUGAAGAGCUAUUUGGUAUCUUCGAAAACCUUGCGACCACAGGACACUUUAUUGAGAAAAUUCCUAUGCUAACAGAAGAGUUUGAUUCUGAAUUUAAUGACCUGUUUCUCAAUGGCGAAGGUAAGUUCAACGACAAAAAAGAAGACGACAACGAAAGCAAAUCAUCAAAGAAGAAAAACAAGAAAAAGAAGAAGAAGAAGAAGCAGGUAAAAGAGUAUUUCUGGUAA